ACUCGAAUCAGUUUCCUCUGCCAACACAAUAUACAAAUUGCUUAACCUGCUCUCAACUAAACCAAAAAACAUGAGUCUAGCACGCACAAUCAUCGCUAUCGCCGCCUUGGCCUUGACUACCACUUCCGUUGAAGGGCGGUCCAGCGGACAGAUCUGCAAGUACCGCGGUAAUACGUAUGCAGAAAGCGAGCACGCUGUGGGCACCACUCUCACGUGCACAUGCAGCGAAGGACGAUGGGUGAACUGCGAGGAGAAUAUGAACAGUAACAACUCGGGGGAUGAUGACACAGGAAACAGCAGUGUAAACGGUGCCCAACUAGGAUUUAACGAUUUCUUGAACAACUUUGACGCCAGAGAUUUUGUCAUCGACUACUCUACUUUACCCGGUGCAACGGAAUUAGGCGGCACAGUGCAAGCAGCCAACAGAAACAAUGUACCAGUGAUGCAGGCCGCCAAAAUGACUCAUACUCGAUUCCACAUCGCACCAUGCGGAAUUAAUCUACCACAUAUUCACCCCCGAGGUACCGAGUCUAUCUAUAUAAUCGAAGGCGCGCUCACAGUCGGCUUUGUCACUGAAAGUGGUCGUCUUAUUACGAAUGAUGUGAUAGUAGACCAGUCCACAUUCUUCCCCCGAGGACUGAUUCACUAUCAACAGAACAUGGGCUGUGAGCCUGCAGGGUAUAUCUCGAUGCUUGACGAUUCAGACGCAGGGCUACUGGUCGUGUCUGGAGUUUUAGGAAACCUACCAAGUGAAGCACUAGAGGCAACAUUCGAUGAAGACGCCGAGUUUGUGAAUCAGCUGCUAAUGGGACUUCCAACCGGACCUGCACGUGGACGUGCUGAGUGUUUCGUACGUUGCGGCCUCUCAUCAAAUGUUCCAUUUUGAGCUUUUUGCGCACGGAUUAACCAGAUUGUUGUGCAGUCUCUGACUGCCCAGGAAUUGUCGAUUAGCAGACACCAGCGACAUCUUGUAGAUGGAGUGUCACAUCUCUAAAGCUCGACAACAUGAUACUGGCAACUUAAAAUAUUCGCAACAGUAUAAUACAAAAUUCGGAGGAUUUCUUGGCAUACUUGAAAAAUACUUUAAAGAAUAGUGUGGGUGGAUGAUUGUUCCUAGCCGUUCACUGUUUAAUUAAAAUCUCUACAUUGCUGCUUG